ACCCCGUCCUUCUGGGCUGGGCCUGCCCCGCCCCAUCCCCUGCACACCUUAUCAGGGCCGGACACCUCGCCCACACGACUGCUGGCGGGAAGCGGAGGCUCCUCGUCAACCAUGGAGACCCGGGAGGCCCUUCUUGUGCUCGGUGUCCUGCUCCUCUCCCCGGCCGAGGCCCAGCAGCAGAGGCGCCCGGAGCAAUGGCUGGUGGGCCUGGCCGCGGUCGUGGGGUUCCUGUUCAUUGUCUUCGUGCUCAUGCUCGUCAAGCACAUGUGGUGCUCAAAAGUGAGAGAUGAGAAUGAGGAGGUCAGAUUGGAGAGCAAUUCAUCUGAGGAGAGAAACCUGAGUGAAGAAGGCAAGACAGAGAAGGGAAAGAAGAAGGAGAAGAAGGCAGAGAUGCAAGGAAGGAGCAACUCGGGGCUGGAGCUGCAUGAGUAUGAGGAGCCCACAGACCAGAAUGCCAGCUCACACUUUUAAAGAUCACCUCCUCCUCCAGGCAGCCCCUCCAGAUGACCCCCUCACACACCUUGUAAACAAUGACCUGGACCUGAAGCCACUGAAAUGACUCCCCCAGGGAUGAGAUACAAGACCCCAGUGAAGACACCUGACUCGUCCACACCUUCCUAAUUUGUCCUGUCUGGCGAUUUUUCUUUUAUUUGGAGAGAAGUCCUGGUUGCAGAGACUGCCCCAAACCCUCACCAUCUAGCUCAUCCACCUGCUUCUUCCCACUGCCUCAUUUCUUUUCCCUCUGCUGAUAGCCCAGAGCCUCUCCCCUCCCAUGAAGCCACAGGGUCUGCCUCUGGGGGCCUGGCAUUAAAGAAUUGAUA